CGUCCAUGGAGCUUCUCCGCUCUUCCCCGGUCGCCCGUUGCGCCCUAGUGGUGGCCCUUUGCGCCUUGCUGGCAGGGCUGGCUUCCCUGGGCAUAGUUUUGGCUGAGCUGGCUCCGGCGCAGCAGCAGCAGCAGCAGCCUUUGACAGUGAUGGCACCCCUUCAGCAGCAGAAUUAUGCACAGCUGGUCCUAAAACUGCAUGGAGACUCAUCCAUAGUACCGAGGAGGACGCUGGACUGGUACACCAAUUCAGUUAAAGGAGCCUUUCUUGGCAUGGCAUUUGCAUACAACAACAGCUCUAAGGCACUUGUGGUUAAGAUGGCUGGUCUUUACUGUAUCUACGUCCAGAUGAAUCUUACCCAUCGGCUUGACAAAGGAAAUACAUUAAAUGCAAAUCUCACCAUCUAUCAUCAGACAGCCAGCAGUUCUGAUUCCUCUCGUAUGCUGCUAAAUCUGCCCUUACAUCGGGUUUACAGUUCAAGCAAAACGCUUCAUAACUUCAAAGCUGUACUUCAUCGACUAGCAGAGAAUGACACGCUCCAUGUAACAAUACGUGCAGACUCAAAACAAGAAGGGUCUCUUGUGCCACGUGGUAGCUUUUUCGGUCUUUUCCAAAUACAUGAAACCUAGGAGCCCCCAAAGUGA